GCCUGAGUUCCUUGUGACAUAUGUAUCCAGAAGAACAUUAACAUACUUAAUUCACCUGCUCCUGGGAUGAUACCGCCAUAUGAAAACUCCAGCGCAUAAAUUCCUCGAUUGAAAUGGGUUGGAGUUACGAAACAUGUCGGUUGCUCACUGCUCGCUACUUUGCCAAGCCUGUUUCAAGGCAACCACCAUGACGUGCUGAGGUGAUAUCGGGUAGCUUCAUGGAUACGCCGGAAGUUCGGAAUAUUGUUUUUAUGAAAGUCCAUCACAAGAAAGUUCGAAGAGGCCAAAUCAUUAGCCGGACGGAUUUACCGAAAGUCACUACGACUCGUUGGCUAAGUAACUUUGACAGAAUGAAUUUCACAGGCUAAAUCCAUCACUCAAGUGAAGUUUUGGGAGAAUGUUUUGCACGAAUUCCCGCUUGCAUAUGGUCAACUACGUGUAUCCCAGCAAGAUGCUAUCCGGCCUUCUAAAUUGUUGCGUCCUUGCAAGUGCUAUUUUCGCGGGUUGUGGUGCUGCAGUGACGACUGUCAGUGUUAAUGGAAGAGCUGCCCAUAGUAUCCCGCCCCUGCUUUUUGGACAGAUGUUUGAGGCAACGCAAUUUAAAAUGAUUUCUCUUGCACAGAGCGGCGAUGGUGGUAUUUACGCCGAAUUGCUUCAAAACCGUGCCUUCCAGCAGGUGAAACCAAACAUACUUGAUGCUCUCUUCGGCUGGGCUCCCAUCAACGGCGCAUCCAUCAAUAUCAUUGCUGACCCUAUCCCACUCUCCAAUGCCCUGCCCAACUCCCUCGAGCUUACUAUCCCAUCUGGCUCCUCAGGUGAAGUCGGAUUUGGCAAUGAGGGUUAUUUUGGCAUAAACAUUAACGCCUCUUGGACUUACAACGCCUCUUUCUACUACAAAUUCCCUAGUGCAUCUAACUUUUCUGGAAAAUUUACUGUCAUGCUUCAGUCUUCUAUUGGGGCAGUCUAUGCAAGCGCUUCUGUCCCUGUCUCCGGCACCACCACAGCCUGGACGCAGGUCGUGGUGCAUCUCACACCUGCCUCAAGUCCUAUGUCAACUACCAACAUCUUCACGGUCACGGUCGAUGGUGCUAGCGCUAUCGGAGAGACGAUCAACUUCGCAAUGUUCUCCCUCUUCCCCCCGACGUUUAAGGGCAGAGCCAAUGGCCUGCGCAUGGACAUUGCGCAGACAUUGUAUGACAUGAAGCCUUCGUUUUUCCGUUUUCCUGGUGGUAACAACUUGGGCCAGAGCUUUUCUACACGCUGGCAAUGGAAUGCAACAGUUGGCAACCUUAUUGACCGUCCAGGACGCAUGGGUGACUGGGGAUACGUCAACACUGACCCAUUAUGGCUGUAUGGGCAGGUAUAUAAUAUUCAUGCAUAUCAUAUUGUCUCUAUGCUCAUCUCACAUACAGGGUACUCGCUCGACGGGGCCAGCCUCCCUCAAAACGAUCUUGCGCCAUACAUCCAACAGGCAAUCGACCAGAUUAAUUUUGUCAUAGGUGACUCCGCCACAAGUAAACCAGCUGCCCUGCGUGCAUCUCUUGGCCACCCAGAACCAUUCCAUCUGCAGUAUAUCGAAAUUGGAAAUGAAGACUUUACAUCAAAAUCGUAUACAUACCGCUGGAAAAAAUUCGUUGGAAAUUUGUCGGUUACAUUUCCUCAGCUGAAGUUUAUCGCGACGUCGUACCCCUUCAAUCCCACUCUCGAUCCAAUCCCAAAGCAGUACGAUAAACACGUGUACCAGACACCUAACUGGUUCGCAAAAAACGCGUUCUACUACGAUUCUAUUGAGCGCGAUGGCACUUACUACUUCGAGGGUGAAUAUGCUGUUACAUCAACUAACGUCAGCGACCUCUUCGGCAAACCCUUCAACGGUCGCCUUGUAUACCCUGAUAUGCAAGGAUCUUCAGGGGAGGCCGCAUUCAUGACCGGUCUCGAGCGUAACAGUGACAUCGUUUUCGCUGCGUCGUAUGCUCCCUUGUUAAUGAACACUGCCAACUAUCAGUGGUCACCCAGCCUUAUCUCCUUUGAUGCUUCACAUGUGUAUCCAUCAACCAGCUUCUAUACACAACAGCUCUUCAGUCUCAACCGUGGAACCGAAUAUCUCCCAAGCACCCUGCCUCAAAAUGGUGCACUUCACUGGAGUGUCACGCGUGAUGCACCCACCAACACGGUUAUCAUCAAGAUUGCCAACACAGGCAUGACAGCUGAAGAAAUGAUAUUCGAGCUUCCCUUCAACAAUGUUCACGGCACUGGCACUGCAACAGUGCUAUCAGGCUCUGCCACUGCAAACAACUCACCCGAGACUCCCAAAUUUGUCAUGCCCAUUACUUCACAGAUUGAAACUGGUAAGAGUUUCUCAUACACUGCCCCAGCGUACAGUGUCAACGUACUGCGGAUGGAAGCGAAGUAGGGGAUAGAGUAUCGCUUGACAAGACAGCAUAUGUCACACUAAAAAGAGACAAACAUAGCCUCAUACAAGGCGAUUGAAGUUUUUUUCACCUUUUACGACUCAAAAGUCAAUAUUAGG